AUGUCCUGGGAUAACAAAAAACAACGGACUGGCAUAAAGCUACCCUUCACCUUACGGCAGGAACUGGGAAUCGAGGACAAUCGACGACUUGGUGGACGACCAGCACAUGGGGCCGUGAGAGGACGCAAGGAGCAGCGGAAGGCAGAGAGGCAGGAGAAGAGAACGCAUAUCAGGGGCCCAAGACCUAUCUCACGUAAUACAGCUGGAUACGACGACGGCGACGACUUUGACCGAAGCGAUGAUUCGCCUCCCGCACUUGAAAAGUUCACAAAGAAGAAACCGGCCUCCGCUGCGCCAAAGCGAGAUCCGCAGCCCGUGCCUAAGUCGAUUCUGAAAAGGCCAAAGCAAGAAGAGAUUACCCAACCCCUAUCGAGGAGCAUUUCACCGUCGAAUUCCCGCUCUUCCUCGCCAGGACUUAUUCUAGACGCCUCCUCCAAGGCUUUCAAAGAUCGAGCGGCGCAGGAUGACGUAGAGAUCUCAAAGUUAGAAAAAAGGUUAGGGAUGAAAAAGCGGAAGAGAUCGGCUGUGGAUGAUGGUCUGGAAGAUCUCCUCGAUGGUUUGGAUGUUGACGAGGAAGAUGAGACGGGGGAAAGGAAAAGUGAGGCCCAGGACUGGUUGGAGAGGAAGAGGAGGAAAGCUUUGGAAUUGGGUGACAAGGAGGUAAGCGGCAGUGAUCAGGACGAUGGCCUUGGUUUCGGAGAAGGUGAAGGCGAAGACAACGACCUUGAUAUCUUGGACCUCAGUGAAGACGAGGACCUAGGCGGCGAUGAUUUCGAUGAUUUCAGAUCUGAAGAUGAGACGAAAUCUCAACCCACCAAGAGGGUGCGAGAAAACCCCUAUGUGGCCCCCGUUACAUCUGAUACGUUGACAACUACGAAAUAUGUGCCUCCGUCGAUGAGAAGAGCACAAGCCACCGGCAGCCAGUCAAUAGAACGUUUAAAACGACAAAUCCAGGGCCAUCUCAAUAAGUUAUCCGAAGCAAAUUUGAUAUCAAUCCUGGGCGACAUUGAGAAGCUCUACCAAUCGAAUCCCAGACAAGAUGUCACCGCGGUUCUUGUUGACUUGCUUUUAACCCGCUUCUGCAACAAAUCCUCCCUGCAGAACACCUUUGUCAUCCUCCACGCCGCCUUUGCAACCGCUAUCUACAAAGUCAUCGGUGUCGACUUUGGUGCCUAUCUUCUCUCCCACCUCCUGGACCGUUUUGAGGAGCACCACGCCUCCGACUCCACGGGUAAAGAAUCUCUCAACCUGAUAAGUCUUCUCUCCAACUUGUUCACCUUCCACGUUGUUUCCAGCACCAUAAUCUUCGACUACAUUCGCAUCCUCUUGUCCAAGCUCACCGAGAGCAAUACCGAGCUCCUUCUUCGACUGAUCCGUGACUGUGGGCCACAACUUCGACAAGAUGACCCCUCUUCACUCAAAUCGAUCGUUCAACUGAUGCAGAAGGAAUCUGCCCGCAUGACGACUGAAGGCGAGCAUAUGUCCGUACGCACGAAGUUCAUGAUCGAGACGAUCACAGAUCUGAAGAACAACAAAAUGAAGGCUGCGACUAGCAGUACCGGCUUGUCCAGUGAGCACAUCACGCACAUGCGGAAGGCGCUAGGCUCCCUAAACAAUCGCCCGUCCCUUAGAGCCACCGAACCCUUGCGCGUCAAUCGAGAUGAUAUCAAGAACAGCGAUCGCAAGGGGAAAUGGUGGCUCGUGGGUGCAAGCUGGAAAGGCAAUCUUGAUGACGACAAAUCACUUGAUAUCCAACCUCAGGAGGACGAUCCUACAGCGUCCUUCCCUAUUGACCACGAAAUUUCAGACCCUGACCAGAUCGACUUAUCUGAUCUUGCCCGUGCUUACGGUAUGAACACUUCCGUCCGGCGCUCCAUUUUCAUCACGCUUCUCUCCUCAGUCGACGCCUUCGACGCCCAUACCCGCCUCCUCAAGCUCCGGCUCAAACGCUCUCAAGAACAUGAAAUCCCCCAUGUCCUUCUGCGUUGCGCCGCUGGCGAGGAUCCUUAUAAUCCGUACUAUGCCCUCGUCGCAAAGCGCCUGUGCAUGCAGUCGCGGAUGAAAAAAUCUUUCCAGUUCGCGCUCUGGGGCUGGUGGCGAACCCGUUUAGGUGAGAAGCUGGAUGCUGAGGGAGAGAGUGAUGACAACGACGGUCUAGCUGGACUUGAACGCGAGGAGAGCGGCAGCUCCGUGAAAAUGACCGAAAUUGCAAGUCUCUCGCGACUCUAUGCGAAUCUAAUUCUCGAGGGAUCUCAGUCUCUGGGUAUCAUGAAGGUCUUAGACCUUGCAUAUAUUAAGGAACGCACAGGCAUGUUUGUUGAAUUGCUGCUUGUCUUGAUUUUCAAGGAAGCAUAUGCCAAUGCGAAGAAGAACUCCACAGCCGCAGCCGCUACGAAUGCUGCUACUCUGGCAGAGGCGACGAUACGCAGCUCCUUCGAAAGCGCAGCAGUAGAGACUCCUCAGAUCGUAAAGAGACUGCAAUUCUUCAUUACGAGGAAUGUGAUAGAUUCGGAUCUGGUGGAGAAACGUGAUCGAGAGCAUGUUAAAAGGGGGUGUAAGAUUGCUCUGAGGGUGCUGAAAAGGGCUACUGCUGGAUCUCUGGAUGAAGGUCUGGCAAGAUCGGUAGCAGAACUUGAGGAGAUGGAUUGA